CGGAUUUUUGCUCAGUGUCACGACGAAACGAUAGUAUGUUUCGUUAUCCGAAUCAGUGAAGCAGUAUCUCCGCGGCACGAAACCAUUGUGUAAUUCAUUGUCAGGAUUCGAUAUUUUUGUUACGCGACUCAGCCAACGGAGGGGAUGGUUCUUCCGAUUAUCAUCGGUGCUGCAGCCGUAGUGACGGCGGCAUCUGCGAUUUAUAACGCAUAUCAGCAAUCAAAGGCCAUCAAAAAUCAAGAAAGUGCUCAAGAGAGAGACGAAGAGCGAUGGAAGAAACGCACUCGAUUAGCGGAUGAGCGCGAUGAUCAGCUUCGAAGAGUUCAUAAAAGAGCAAUGCGAAGUCAGCAAUUGGAACAGCAAGUUGUGCAAGCCCAUCGGAGUAACGUCGAGAAAACGCUCGUAGCCGUGGUUGGAGGCUUAUACGUCGUUCAAGACAGAAUUGUCCAACUGGGCAGUCAUGUUUCUGAACUCUGGGAAGAAAGUGAACGCAGACGUGCUGUGGAAAGGACAGAAGAUGAGGCCUUUCGUCGUCGGGCGGAAGCGGCUGCUUCGCAACAUCGUCAGUUCAUGGAACGAAGUGCUGUUCGCGCAGUGGGAUUACUAAAUCAAACGCGGACGGACAUCGCGGGUGUUGCGUUGACCACAUCGCAAAGCAACCAGAAGUUGACUUGGGUCAUUGUGUUACUUGUCAUCAUCGCUCUACCGAAUAUCUUCUGGCUAAUAUCGAGGCAUUAUCCAGAGAAGCACAGAUCUUUCAACUAUGGGAAAGGACCAGAAGAUAUUUCCUCUUUGUACUCUUGGAUGAAACCUGGAAAAUGGAAGGAAAUUAGUGAGAUUUUCAGGAAACUUGCUUUCGUCGCUAUUGGGUCUGUUGGGGUAAAAAGGGACGGAAAAGAAGUAUGA